GCGCCACUUCCGGCGCUCUGUCAGUCUGCGGCUAACGGGAGAUGAGGGCAGCAGACGAAGGCAGGGGAGGUCGGGGGUGGAGGGACCGAGUCUGAGACCGACGCUGCCGACCACAGACCUGGGGGGGGAUCCUUCUCACGCAGUUAUGAGAAAGAAGAGGAGAACCUGAACAGGGAGGGGGGACAAAAAUAAAUAAAUAAAUAAGCAGACACGGGGUAGCUUCUCCGCGGGGAUCAGCCGCUGGACCGCUGCGGGGGGGGGUGGUGGAGGUGGUGGGGGGGGGAGCGCCGCCGUGUAUGUUUUUGUGAAGUUGAGCGCGAUCGUCGGAGCGGCGCAGAGGCACCGGCGGGAUGCUGCGCUGGAUACGACAGCAGCUGGGUUUCGACCCACCUCAUCAGAGUGACACUAGAACAGUCUAUAUAGCCAACCGGUUUCCCCAGCAUGGUCACUACACCCCCCAGAAGUUUGCAGAUAACAGAAUCAUAUCGUCCAAGUACACUAUUUGGAAUUUUGUUCCGAAGAAUUUAUUUGAGCAGUUUAGAAGAAUAGCCAAUUUUUAUUUUCUUAUCAUUUUCCUGGUGCAGCUGAUGAUAGACACCCCCACUUCUCCUGUGACCAGCGGACUUCCCCUGUUCUUUGUCAUCACUGUGACGGCCAUUAAGCAGGGCUAUGAGGACUGGCUGCGGCACAAGGCCGACAAUGAGGUGAACGGGGCACCUGUGUUCGUGGUGCGGAGUGGCAGCCUGGUGCAGACGCGCUCCAAGAACAUCCGGGUGGGCGACAUCGUGCGAGUGGCCAAGGAUGAGACCUUCCCGGCUGAUCUGGUCCUCCUGUCAUCUGAGAGAGAUGAGGGGACGUGUCACAUCACCACGGCCAGCCUGGAUGGGGAGACCAAUCUGAAGACACACUUUGCAGUUCCAGAGACAGCUGUAUCCCAGACCGUGUCCAAACUGGAGGCCCUCCAAGCUGUGGUAGAGUGCCAGCAGCCAGAGCCGGACCUGUACAGGUUCAUUGGCCGGAUCACUGUGUCGCAGCAGGGGGAAGAGAUCGUAAGACCCUUAGGACCAGAAAACCUUCUGCUUCGUGGGGCUAGACUGAAAAACACCAAGGAAAUUUUUGGAGUGGCAGUUUACACGGGGAUGGAGUCCAAGAUGGCUCUGAACUACAAGUGCAAAUCGCAGAAACGCUCGGCUGUGGAGAAGUCGAUGAAUACCUUCCUGAUCAUCUACUUGGGCAUCCUGCUGUUCGAGGCCAUUCUCAGCACUAUCCUGAAGUACGCUUGGCAGUCUGAGCCCAAGUGGGACGAGCCCUUCUACAACAGGAAGACGGAACAGGAGAGGAACAGCAGCCAGAUCCUGAAGUUCAUCUCUGAUUUCCUCGCUUUCCUGGUGCUCUACAAUUUCAUCAUCCCCAUCUCACUGUACGUGACUGUGGAGAUGCAGAAGUUCCUAGGCUCUUUUUUCAUUGGCUGGGAUCUGGACCUUUACCACAUAGAGAGUGACCAGAAGGCCCAGGUCAACACCUCAGACCUCAACGAGGAGCUGGGCCAGGUGGAGUAUGUUUUUACGGACAAGACGGGCACCCUGACGGAGAACGAGAUGCAUUUCCGGGAGUGCUCCAUCAACGGGGUCAAGUUCCAGGAGAUUAAUGGCAAGCUGGUACCAGAGGGCAUGACAGAUGAUGCCCCAGACGGCUGCAUGCCGCUCCUGAGCACAGAGGAGGAGCUUUUCCUGAAGGCCGUGUCACUCUGUCACACGGUGCAGAUCAACUACGAAGAGCCGGAUUGUGUCUGCGACUCCUUCUACCAAGCCAAUGGUGUCUCGUUGCAGAUGGAGUACUACGCCUCAUCCCCAGAUGAGAAAGCGCUGGUGGAGGCCAUGAAAAGAAUGGGCGUUGCCUUCACUGGGAACAAUGGGGAAAUCAUGGAAAUCAAGACAUUUGGUAAAUCAGAGAGAUUUAAGCUGCUGCACGUUUUAGAGUUUGACGCAGACCGAAGGAGGAUGAGCGUCAUCUUACAGACGCCGACAGGCGAGAAGGUGCUGUUUACUAAAGGAGCCGAGUCGUCCAUCUUCCCUCACGCCAAAUCCGGCGAGGUGGACAAGACCCGUCUGCACGUAGACGAGUUCGCUCUGAAAGGCCUGAGGACCCUGGUGGUGGCCUGCCGGCGCUUCAGCGCUGCCGAAUAUGAGGAAGUGGACCGGCGCCUCCAUGAGGCCCGCACGGCCCUGCAGCAGCGUGAGGAGCGCCUGGCCGAGGUCUUCAGCUUCAUUGAGAAGGACCUCGAACUGCUGGGGGCCACCGGCGUAGAGGACAAGCUACAGGAGAAGGUGCAGGAGACGAUCGAGGCACUGCGCCUGGCCGGCAUCAAGGUGUGGGUGCUGACGGGCGACAAGCAUGAGACUGCGGUGAGCGUCAGCCUCUCCUGCGGACACUUUCACAGGACUAUGAACAUCUUGGAGCUGGUGCAGCAGAAGUCGGACAGUGAAUGUGCGGAGCAGCUGCGACAGCUGGCCAGGAGGAUCCGGGAAGACCACGUGAUCCAGCACGGCCUGGUGGUGGAUGGCGCCAGCCUGUCGCUUGCUCUGCGGCAGCACGAGCGCCUCUUCAUGGACGUGUGCCGCAGCUGCUCGGCCGUACUGUGCUGCCGCAUGGCGCCCCUGCAGAAAGCCAAGGUUGUGCGGCUGAUAAAGACCUGCCCAGAGAAACCCAUUACGUUAGCCGUCGGGGACGGCGCCAAUGAUGUCAGCAUGAUUCAGGAGGCCAACGUCGGAAUAGGCAUCAUGGGCAAAGAGGGGAGACAAGCUGUGCGAAACAGUGACUAUGCAAUAGCGAGGUUUAAGUUCCUUGCCAAAUUACUCCUGGUCCACGGCCACUUCUACUAUAUUAGAAUAGCAACCCUUGUACAGUACUUUUUCUACAAGAAUGUGUGUUUUAUCACUCCCCAGUUUUUGUACCAGUUCUUCUGUCUGUUUUCACAACAAACGCUGUACGACAGUGUUUAUCUGACCCUGUACAAUAUCUGCUUCACAUCGCUGCCCGUACUGGUUUACAGCCUCUUUGAGCAGCUGGUUCACCCACACGUGCUGCAGAACAAGCCAGCUCUGUACAGAGACAUCAGUAAAAACUCCCUCCUGUCCUUCAGGACCUUUCUGUACUGGACAUUGCUGGGGUUUUGUCACGCCUUUGUGUUCUUCUUUGGCUCCUACAUCCUAAUGGGCGAGGACACCUCCCUCAUGGGCAAUGGGCAGAUUUUGAGAGCCAACAGGCAACUGAUGUUUGGAAACUGGACAUUUGGCACACUCGUGUUCACUGUGAUGGUCAUUACUGUUACGCUGAAGUUGGCUUUGGAGACUCAUUUCUGGACCUGGAUGAAUCACUUUGUGACCUGGGGCUCCAUCGCUUUCUACUUCAUCUUCUCUCUCUUCUACGGGGGAAUCAUAUGGCCGUUCCUGCACACGCAGGACAUGUACUUUGUCUUCGUGCAGCUGCUUUCCAGCGGCUCAGCCUGGUUCGCCAUCAUCAUCAUCGUCAUCACGUGCCUGUUCCCGGACGUGAUCAAGAAGGUUUUCUACAGACACCUGCGGCCCACCAGCACCCAGAAAUCCCAGAUGUAUGCCAACAGGGUCGUUAUAGGCGACGACUUCAUCGCUCUGCAGCCACUGUCCAGAGCCAAGAACCAGCUGGGCAGAAUUAGCCUAUUGAAGCCUACCCGGGCACCAGCUGCAUGGACUCGGCCUGCUGCUUCUCCAGCAGGAAGGACUGGCGGGAGUGGCUGGGCCAGCUGGUGGAGCGAGUGAUGAUCCGCUACGGGCCCGGCCGGGUCACCAGAUGGUGGAGAGACUCGGAUCCCUUCUGUUCCAAUGACCAGCGCAUCCUGACGCACUCCCCAGUGGAGGCCACACGUUGCUAGGGUGCCGGAGAGGCGCUUGCAAACGCCCAGAAGCAGUCCCCCCCGACCCCCACCCCCCGCCCUGCUUUAGUGCCACCCCGGGGAGGAACACAGAGCCGGUUGGCCCGGGAGCCACCUAACUCAUGUUUCCUCUGUAAAUAAAGGUUUAGUUACACCAAAGAUGGGCAGCAGAGUCCAGUGAUGGAUUUUGUCAGGCUUCACUUAGUACAGAAUAAUCUGCUUUGCUCUAGUAGAUAUCUGCUGCUUUACCUUAAGACUGUUUUGGAGGGCCCGUAUUCCCGGAGGAAAACAGGUGUCCUUUUUAAGCCAUAUUCCCUUUGUUGGUUUGUUUUUUUUUUUUGGUGUACCUGAUAUUUAAGGAAUUACAUUGAAUCGGUACUUAUGUCUAUUGAAUGACUGGAUACCUCUCCUCCCCUUUCCCAAAACCAUUACACAUAAAUGUCUGGAAUUGGUCUGCUUAGCUUAACAAAGAAGUUAUUGAAGAAUGUUGAAAAUGGUUUCAAGAUGACCGUUUUCACUCGUUUGAAGUCUCGUAUACCAUCAUCUUAGCUUUUUUCUACAUGCCGUCCAUCACCUCCGCACCAGCAUGUCAUUGACGUUCACGUAGUCGUCCUCGUUGCUUUGUGCCGUCAUUUAUGUUGCUACUAAUUACUUGUUUUAUGACAUGAUGCGUGUUUCCAGCACCGGGCCAGUGAACGUGGUAGCCCACGCACAUUAUUAGGCCGGCAGCGAUGACUUGCAUUCCUAUCAUUAGGGUAGGGGUUAGGGGGUAAACGAGACAACCGUUUUAAACUUACCGCUGCGAGACGUGAAAGCUUUUCAAAGGAUAUUUGGGGGAGACUAGUAUCACAGAAGCACAUCCUGCGGAAGCUUGCCCUCCAAGUUGACUGCAAAUGGGCUGGACUUGAUCUCCUAACUCGUCAAGCGUGAAGAUACCUUUAUUCCACAACAUAGACAUGAAGAUACAUGAUGAUGCUGCUCCAGCUGUGAUUUCUCUUCUUCCCCCUUUGUCGUCACAUCGCCAGUUACGGGAAUUUUAGAGGUCUUUAAGCCGUGCGAUGGAGAUAGCUACAGGUACAGACUGGGAACUGUGGAGCGUCAUGGAGUCGCUUAUGGUUUGCUUUUUUUCCUGGUUUUUGGUCCUCUGAAUGUACUUUUGGUCUCCUGUGAUAUUUCAGAUGUAUUUUUACUGCCGCGCGGCAGCGUCCGUCCGUCCCAAAUGGUGAGCUUUAGACCUUAAUUGUUCUACGUAGUGGCAGAACUCGUGAUGCAUUAGCAAUAACACCCCAAAAGGACCUCAGACGUCAUUUCUGUUGCAUCGACUUUAUUUCUGUGUUGUUUUUCAAAUAAAACUUAUUUUUGUCUGUUUACUGUA